GGUGCCUGGGGGAGGGCCUCGGAAGGGGCUGCCCAGCGCAAUCGCGCCCCUGGCACUUGCUAAGAGAUUCUCAGCCCUUUCUCUGCAGCUGCCACUUGAAGUCUCCACGCUUUCCCUCCAGAGGAAAGAAGCCAUCUAUCUAAAUCAGCUGUGUCUCUGCCUCUCCUUUCUCCCUCCGCCAGCCGCCACCCCCACCCCUUCCAUUGUGUUGUGCGUUUAGCUCCGCUUCCUGCGUGAGACCCUAACCUCUUGUAGCAGCAGGCGUUACUGAGGGUUUCGGAACCUCGAGUUGCAAUGGAGCUGUACGGAAAGAUGGCCUCUUCCCAAGAUGCCAGGUAUGGCCAGAAAGACUCCUCUGAUCAGAACUUUGACUACAUGUUCAAAUUGCUCAUCAUUGGCAAUAGCAGUGUGGGGAAAACAUCUUUCCUGUUCCGUUAUGCGGAUGACUCCUUUACAUCUGCAUUCGUCAGCACAGUUGGGAUCGAUUUCAAAGUAAAAACUGUAUUCAAAAAUGAAAAGAGAAUCAAGCUUCAGAUUUGGGACACAGCAGGCCAGGAAAGAUACAGAACUAUCACCACAGCCUAUUAUCGUGGAGCCAUGGGCUUUAUUUUGAUGUAUGACAUCACAAAUGAAGAAUCCUUCAAUGCGGUACAGGAUUGGUCAACUCAAAUUAAAACAUACUCUUGGGAUAAUGCCCAGGUUAUCCUGGUUGGGAACAAAUGUGACAUGGAAGAUGAGCGGGUCAUCUCAACGGAGAGAGGCCAACAUUUAGGAGAACAGCUUGGGUUUGAAUUUUUUGAAACAAGUGCCAAGGAUAACAUUAAUGUCAAGCAGACAUUUGAGCGUCUUGUGGAUAUCAUCUGUGACAAAAUGUCAGAGAGUUUGGAGACGGAUCCGGCCAUCACUGCCGCAAAGCAGAACACAAGACUCAAGGAAACCCCUCCUCCACCACAGCCCAAUUGUGGUUGUUAAUGUCCCCACAAAGGCAGUUCUGCGGGGCGGGGGGCACAUCACCAACCAACAGCAUUUAUAAAUGGUUGAUUAACCUUCAUUUAUACUGCCUAAUAAUUAUUUGAGGGAAAUCUUUGAUGUCAGUGGCUCAUACAUGCAUUCAAUUCGUGGGAGAUUUCCUGUGUUAAUAUGUGGCAAAUAUGUGAUCUCAAAUUUGUAAGGACUAUCCAUCUAUAAACAUCUGGUAUUUGCAUGUAAUUUGUUACUUGUCUUUGUAGGUUCUUUUUGUUUCAGAUUUCUUCUCAAGAUUAAGCUACUGCUGGGACCUCAGACUGUAAUUUCACUACAACUGACUUUUGUGCCACGGGUUCAAAUUUGCAAUUCACUUGUAUGGAUGAUAAACAAGGAAUUGUUUGUGUGUGUGGACAAGAGGAGAUCUCAGGAGACCGUCAUGGGUCUGGUUAGUUUACCGUUCAGGAAAUGUGUCUGUUUUUCAGUGUUAUUAAUAACUGAGGAGACCAUUGACUAUAAAGAACUUAAAGUACUGUGUUUGAAACUCUUGCCAAUUUUCUAAGACAUUAAAUCUAGUUCCAGUGUGGGAAGUAGAAUUAUUUAAUAGGAACUAGAUUUAAACAAUCCUCUUAAUUUAGUUGUUUAAAUGAUCAAUGUCUCUAACCCAGGGUUACUGUUGCCACUGUAUGUGCCCAACAUUCUGAAUAGUUGAGGGCACCAACAGCCUGAGAGGCAUCUGGUUAAGGCAUGAUGUGACAGUUGUUUUAACCAAGACAGGUAGGAAUACCUGCAGCUAACAAAGGACUGCGUUCACCCCUAUUUCCCUAAUAACUGCCCCCCCAUUACACACAAAUCACCACCACUUUCUGAAACCAUCACCAAUGCUCAGAAUCAAGCUCAAGUUGAAGCUUGUUAGAGCCCCUCUUCUCACAGGAUAGAGGCUUGCUUCCCAAACCAGUGCCUUCUGUUCACACCUCAGCUACAUUCUUGUAUAAUACAAGUAAUUUAAACAAUAUCCCAAUGGUUCAAAGAUUGAGGAAAAGACCAUGUUUAUCUCUAGUCUUUUUCAAUCCAGUUCUUCCUAAUUCUAAUGCAUAUCCCCAUUCCCUAUAGGAAUAACAAGCAUACAAAUCUCACCAGCUCUUUUCAUUGGGCACCAGAAGGAAAUUGGCAUCUCAGCACAUCCAAUAUUGUUUGCAGUUUAUAUGUUAGGAAGGCACAGAUUGGCAGAUGUAGAAGGACAGUUUCAUUAGGUAGAGUCACUUUCCCCGUCUUUUGGUGGCUAUGUUCAAGUUUUUUUUUUCCCUCUCUUCAUGCACAGUUCCUGUAAAAGUAUUGGGUGCAAGUCUUUUUAGCAAGGAUACUGAUAGGUAAAUUUGCCAUUGGAUAAUAAAUGUCUACAAGCUAAAGAACUAGGUCAUAUACAUUAUUAGUAAGAAAGUGAAAAUUACAGAAUACCUGUGGGAUGUUUUAAGCCUAUCAGUGUCAUUUCUCACCUUGAGCUUCAGAUCCACUAAUUGGUAAUAAAUUUCCACCUUGGCACCCUAGAUGGCAGGCCACAGCUUAGUAAAGACAAGAAUGUCUUAUUGGAUUUUAAUGCGCCAACAAGCUUCAAGAAUUCCAGAAAUGACAGUGAAGGGAAAGAGAAGGGGAGUGGCAAUCAAAACAUAUUUGUUUGCUACAGAAGCCUAUUUGCAUGAUAGUGCACUAUUUCUAUAACCUGGACUAGAACAUGGCCAUGUUCAAUGAUAGAGCUGUUACGUUCAGUUGUAUAAUCUAAUACCAAGCAAGAAGGCAAGGAAAACUUGCCUCUCUCACAGCCCCAUCCCAUAUACAUAUACAGAUGUCCGGGACCUAAGUAUGAAGUCCACAUGGCUUUUACAAGGACCUUGCUAUAUGCAUUAUUUUAAAGGGGAGAGCAGAAUCAGGGUCAGAAAUGUAGAAGGUAAAGAGCUGAGUUUUACUUUUGUGUAAACCCCUUCUCUGAGAAACUGACUGAAAUUGGCCCUAAGACCAAAAGACCAAGUCAGGAGCCUACUUCACAAUGUCAGACAUGACUAAUUUGAACUAAUUAGUUCAAAAUUGGACUAAUUUAUGGCAGUCAGGGAAGCGGGAUGCCCAAGUGUCAUUGCCAAGGAACUGUGGAUACUUUGUUUUCCAAACCUCAGUUGAGGUGGGGCUUUCCUAAUUCAUUCUCUGUCCUGAAGCUCCCACCCAGGUGUGAGUUUCAAUGAGAAGUUUCCAGAGGGGAUUGUAACAGAGCUCAAUGCUAUGAAGCAUUAGGAAGAGAGGAUAUUCUCUAUUCCUAAUUUUACUAACGGAUUUUGGUUUUAAAAUUAAAUAUUUUUUGUCAUAAGAGGUAAUGCUGGAGGAUUCAACUAUAUUACUUAAAAUUUUUAACACUAAUUGCAAUGUUUAACCUUUUUGCUGACAAUACACACACACUCAGCCUCUUACAUUCUCUCCAUCCCUCACAAAAGCUUAAUAGCCACAAAUUGUUUUUAACGAUGGCGUAAAUUUGUACUUACAAGAUCAAGAUACCUUAAAAAGUACAUAGUGUGUACAUUUAAAACAUCCAUCUUGUUGUAUUUGAUACAAUUCAAUUAGUGUUUCAAGUAUGAAUCUGUCUCUCUGAUGCCCAUCUUCUCACCCUCACCCCUGCCAUUACUUUGAGAAACAAACCUUGAUUGUUGAGCAAAUGCUUCCAAGAGCUUUGGUGUUGGCACAUUCCUUUCCAUUCUUAGUUCAAGUGCAAACCUGGACUGGAAAGUUUUUCAUCUAAAUAGGUGUCCUCCAAGUGGAUGGGCAUUUACAUUUCGGAGGACAUGAAUAGAUGAAGAAGGUGCAUGAUAUUUCUCAAGUCCUAAGAUGGCAGUUUAAAUGUGGCAUCCCAUGUUUGGGGUCCUAAGAACAAUUGAGUUAGGACAGUCCAUCCCUUCUUUGCUGCUGCACUCCCCUCUCCAGCACAGCUUCUACUGCCUUGGUGAACUUUGCUGUAGGUUCUUCUAAUUCCUGCUGGGGUUUACCUCAAGUCAGUAUCCCUUUGCUGCCUGGUAAAUAAGUGCUAAGAUUAUUAUUUCUCAAGGGAACUAGGAUGCCUUCAGUUGUAGCAGAAAACUGCAGCAUCAUUAUGAUAAAUGUGAAGGAUAAAUUCUACAAAACUAAAACCUAACUUCAACAAGACACUCAAACACAUGGUGAGCAUGUAUCUUUCACCUACUUAACCCUGAUCCAGAUUCAUUAUAGUCCUUUUGUUGAUCACACCGGUCAUUUUUCAGGGACCAAUUUAAACCUCCAAUUUUGACCAAGUCUAUGCUGAAAAUAGACUUUCACAUAUUAAAUAUUUUUUAAAGUAAAAAUACUCCACUAUUAAAUGAACUUCCAUAAAGCAACAGUAGUUUUGGAAUGUGGUAGUCUGUUAUCAGAGGUUCAUCCUGAUGGGCUUGGUCCACUGUGUGUCUUAUUGCACAAUGAGUAUGUCUUAUGCCAUCCUCGGUUGACCAUGUGGCACUUGUCAGACUAUGUUUAAAAUGGAUCCAGACUCUACCAAGCCAUCUUAAGGCUGAGGUAGUAGCUGCAUGUGAAAAACUGUGACCUAAAUCUUAUCUUCAAGUCAUGACUAAAACCCUUUGAGACCAAAAAGUGUUUGUGAAUAGUUUUCAUAUACUAUUAGAAUUCUCAAUCAGGUAUUUCUGGUGUGGUAUAUUUAGGAAGUGGUCUUUCUGUCUGAAGAAACUUUAAGUUAGAGAGUUUGCAUGACUGGUAACUCAAACUCUUUGUUCCUUUGUGUGUAUACUCAGAGUGCUAGGUCAGGGUAGCAUGUGAGCAACUUGACCCAUGUGGCCUUUCUAUUCACCCCCCUGGAAGAUAUAACCUCUGCAGCACUGCUUUGCUUUGCCUGUUUGUGUAUACUACUUGUGCUUGAGUAGCGCACCAGUAAAAUGAAGAAGCCUUUCCAACAAGCUGAACUGGUAGGGUCAGUUUUCUGGAUUGCUUUGUAUUUUAAGUGUUUUUUGACCAAAGCAACAUAAACCUGUUUUCUAUUCUGGAAUGAAUUAAGACAAAUUGGGUCAAAGAUGAAAUUUAUGACCAGGAAAAAAAAAAAAACUCUUUCUCCCUAUGAUGCACUUAAAGGGCUCUAGAUUCUAGAAAUACAGUAUCCCCUAAGGGUGCAAAAACAGGUCUGGGAUAUUUAUUUAAAAUAAUAUGUAUGUAUUAUUAGCAUUUCAUAAGUAAAUGUUUUUUUUUUUCUUAAAAACCUUUACAGAAAUGUUGGACACUCCAAUCAACUAAUUCCCUUUGGUAGAUUAAAAUAUUUACACUUAGGCCACUUCCAACACACACACGCACACGCGCACACACACACAUACAGAUACCUUUUAUAUGAAGGGAAAUUUUCAUAUAUGGUGCUUUCUCAGUGCUAGGGAAAAGGGAGCUUCUGCUGUGUUCCAACUGUAACUCACAUGUUGUUUAAAAAGGCCUACACAAUAGAUUCUUUGCGCUGAUUUCUGUGUGCACAUAAUUUCCAGUAAGAAUAGAGAAAAAUACGUUUUGCCAACAUCCUAGAGAAAAAUAAUUUCCAAACCUCUGUCAGAGCAUGUAGCUGGUAAGGAAUUGAACUUUCCAGUUGUGGUUCUCUUUUCCACUUCCUGGUGGGUUUUUUUUUUUUUUUUUUCAUUUUUUAAAGCACUAUCCUCUCACUGACUGACAGGACCGAGAAUAGGAUGUGAGAUUCAAAUUCCACCACUUCCCUCCCAUCAGCACUACUGUUGGUGGAGUUUCAAUCAAUAAGUAUUUGCUGAAAUGAAGUUGGGGGUUUACCUGUGUAUUUCCUUCACCUGUAAUCAUACUUUCCUUCCUAGUGGACAACUGAGAGUUGGCUGUGGCUUUUUUUUUUAAUGGCCAUAUUUCCAUAUUCAUGUUUGUGGCUAGGGAUGCUUAGGUUCAUGAAUGCUGUUCUUAAAGACACAGAUGGUACGUGACCCAUACAGGCCCCUGGCCUUUCAGGGACGUGAGCAUGACUUGCAUCUGUCUAGUGGUUCCAUAUUCCUCAUCAAAGUGAAAUCUGGGGAUUGUUUGCUCUAUCAGUAGUAUGGUUUUCCAUGCAUUGUUUCAUCAUCCCUAGGAUGUGUGCUAAAUGAAAACUUCCUGUAAUUCCUGUUAAUAUAUUGUUGUCGUCAGACGUGAUGUGAUACCGUUGGACUGUCCAAAUGUACAACUAUUUAAUGGUGUUUGUGGAACUGAAAUGUCUUAAAUGUUGCAUGAAAUAUGUUAUAAAAAUAGAUUUGUUUUCUAUUUUUCAACACCUCAUAAUUGAGGGUUCAUGGGCCAAUAAGUGCAAUAUUUAAUGACUUACUCAGUGUAUAUAAACUAGCGUGCAAGAGUGAAUUAUAAUGAAUGUGUGAGAUGCUUUGAUGGCUGUGUAACUUAUUCAAAUUAUUUCUUGUAGCUGUAUUUGUCUAGUGGUGCAAUUUAUACAGUAAGUACCUUAUUGGUGUCAUGUGAAACUCCUCUGUGCCUAUUUUAAAGUACUUUUUUUCCUAUAAAACCAAACAUUUAGUAUCUGCAAAUAUAUGUCAAUUUUGCGCUUUAGAAUUGUGGAUUUUAUUUUUAAGACAGAAUCGAUGUUCAUUCAUUUUAUAUAGGCAUUCCCUUCUUGAAUUCAGAAUUUUCCUCUUAUAAGAGGCUAAUUUAGAUACCUAAGAAAAAAUAUGCACAUAAGGUAAAGUCAUAUUUAUUCUUCUCAGAAAUGUUGAUCACAUAUUCUGUGUGCUAAGAAUUUUUCUUGCAUUUGUGUGUAUAUUUUGUUAUUAGAUUUUGUAUUUUGUUUGCAAAUUCAACACUGUCAACCCAGGAAUUCUAAAACAUUGAUGUCUUUUUAGGUUGUAGUUAAUGUUUUACUCACUUACAAUUCUCAAUUGUCCACACUGGUGAUAGAGGAGAAGCAAAAGUCAGAAUUCUUAAUUUUCUUUGGUAUUUCAACAUAGAUUCAUAUAUUCAUCCUCAAACCCCCUUGGUUAAUCUUACAAUUAGAGGCCUAGAAUUUCAGUGAGAUGCAAAAAUUUAAAAAAAAAAAUUAGGCCUGGUUGCUGGAUUAACAAAAACUGUAUUUUUUUUUACAUGAGGUUUGAAGUAGAUCAACUACCUUAAGUUUCUAUAUGCCAAUUUAAUUUUUAAGGCAAAACACUCAUUUUAAUAUUGUACUUUGCCUUUUCAUUUAGUUAGCAAAAUAAAUGAUGAUACCCGUAGGAAGAAAAGUUAUGAUUUGUUCACUAAAAGUGAUGAAAAACAGUUGGUUUUAGAUAACCUUGGCCAUCUGUACAUCAUAUGAAACCUUCCAUUCUUUCUACAGCAGUUGCCUGAAAUUGACAUGUGAGGAUGUGCCAAUAAUCUUAAAUGGCUUUGGGCUACCACCAGUGAUGUGUGGCCCUAUUUUUAAAUGUGAUAGCGUGAAAUUUAUACUCAGCUCUCAAACCAACUGAAGAAGUCAAGUGAAUGUGGAUGAAGCAGGGAGAUUAGGGAUGACUUUGUGCCAAAUUGGAAAAAAAAAAAAAAAGAUGAACGUAAGCAGGGAGCCAACACUAGAAUAAUUUAAGAGCAUAUGUAAAUGUUCCGUUAGUCAUCAUCACAAUUAUUGAAUACCAUGUGCUUAGUGCUGUGGGAAUUAAACAGGGAAGAUGUAUGGUUCCUACCCCUACAUACUGACUGAAGAACAGGGAAAAAAAUACCAGGAUAUUAUGUGAAUGCUAAAUUAUGGCAGGAUAGAGGAGUAGAGAGAACUCUAAGAAGAGUGAGACUCAAGAAUGUGAUCCCAGCAAGAAUGAGAUGAGAUUUUUCCAGACAAUACAUGGGCAAGGUCACAUUAUGUUCCCUGUGAAUGGAAAUGUGCAGAAGGGGCAGCUAUAUAUCAUUGCUUUUCUGCAGAGAACCCAACUGGCCUUGUAAAAGCCAACAGAUUACCCUGUUUGGCGCCCUCUUGCUUUUGUCCCCAUGAGGAAGACAAGUUGCAGCAUCGACAUAUUCCUCUGUGCUGAGCAGCCCCAGACUCUGCCACAAAACAUCAACUGCUUUAAAGUCACAUAAGAACAGUUGAUUUAGACAUUUUGCCCAUGCAUCAAACCACAAAACAUUGUAUAAUCCAAUGUCAACAAGACAGAUGCGUGCCCAGAGAUUUUUCUGUAGUUCUACGUUUCCCACUGAGCAUUUUGGGAAAUGCACAAAGACUUUUGUAACCGGGCACUUUCUGGCUCCUCAGUGACUGUUCUAUGGAGCUCUUCUUCAGAAAAUAUUCAGUAACAGCUUAGUGCUUUCAUAUAGUGAUUGUGACAUUUAGUUGAAAACUAACUGCUGCACAGCAAAUAUCGUGACUCUUAUGUGUCCACAGGAGCUCUUGUCUGGGUUUAAAGCUACAAAGUAUUCACAUUGUGAAGUUUUAAUUCUCUUUAUUGAAAUUGUGUAAAAACUGUAUGUGCUCUAUUAGGUAUUAAGUUUGUAUGUGAAUUCUGUAUAGAAAGUGGUUUUUGUUCUUUGGGUUUAUCUUGUUUUAUUUUUUGGAGAUUACAAUAAAUAUCUAAGAGACUAUAUUCCUGAA